AUGGUUGACCAUGACCCUGUGCACCCCAACACCUAUAUCGGGAGAGCUGUCAGGAACCAAGACGACUUUCAAUCCUGCUUCAAGGAUGGGAGCAAGCCUGCGAAGAGGGCAAUGCAUCACUUCUGGACCUAUACCAGCUUUGCUUUUGUCACAGGCAUGGCAAUGAAAGACCAGAGGUGCAUCAUCGCCGUCGUGAAUAAGCCGAUGGAGGGCGAGCGGCCCCUCCAGGAUUCUGUCUUGGCAUUGUACGAGGCCCCCAGCAUUGGCGCUGCCGCGCAUCGGUUUGGGUGGAGGCCACUGCUUCUUGUAGUUGACCUCCUUGGCACCUGCAGCAAGACAAUGCCCUUCCUCAUGGAGAACGCCAUGGAAGGAUGGCAGCGCAUGAAAUACUCUUACACUCAUAUCUCUGGUCUGCGGUUAGACAAGGUGGAAUGCAUCCCGUGUCCACCGCCUCGGUGUAGUCUCAAUCAGGAGCUGGCGAACCAGGUGACGGCGAGUCUCAAGCAGUAG